UUAGGUUGUUGUCACACAAAUGAAUGGUGUAGAUUACAAAUCAGACUUAAUUCGUGUGCUUCAUGUGGGAAAGAUGAGAAUGAAGCUUCGUAAAGGAAAGUCGACAAUUACUAAAGAGUACUACUCCACUUUAAUGCAGCUAUGUGGGGUUAGAGGAGGUGGGAACGCUGCAGCGCAGGCCUUGUAUUGGCAAGCGAGUAAAGGACUUUCUUUUGUAUUAGCAUUUGAAUCAGAGAGGGAUAGAAACGCAGCCAUUAUGCUUGCAAGGAGGUUUGCCUUUGAUUGCAAUAUCAUGCUUGCCGGGCCUGAUGACCGGAAUCCGUUAGGAAGUUAACCAACUCCACAUAUGGUAUUCCAAUUCAGCAACUGUAAUUAUCACAUUGAGUUUCCCCCUGUAUUAUAGGUUUGAAACAGUAGGAGGUUGCAUUGUAUGUUCUGUUAUGGGCUUCCAUCAUUCUUUCUUUCUUUUGUUUUUGUUUUCGUUUCUCUUAUUUUCUUCUCCUGCCCUAACAUCAAGGCAUCCUUUUUCUUUGCCUUUUUGUCUUUUUGUCCAAGUAUAACAUAAUCCCAAUUACAUCAGGUGUUGUAUGAUUUAUGUACAAUGAUUAAUACA